AUGAGUGAUGGAGAUAAGGGAAUUGUUGAUCUAAAGGGAAGACCAUUAAAAGAUAAAGAAAAGCAACAGGUAGAUGAGCAUGCUGAAAUAAAAGCUGAUAAGAGAAGAAAGAGAGAAGCAAUGACACUAGAGGAAAGAGAGCAUCAUGAUAUGAAGAAAGCCAAGAAAAUAUCAAGAAGAGAUAAAGAAAUAAUAAAGAAGAGACUGUGGUACUCUGGUAACGAGAGACAUAGAAAUGAAGUUGGCAUCUUAGUAGAUGAAGAGCUUAGAGUGCAGGUAGUGAAGGUUAAGAGGAUCAACAAUAGGUUGAUGACUGUUAAGUUGGUCAUUGGGGGGUCUACUCUGAUCGUGUACAGUGUUCAUGCAUCGCACAUGGGCUUGGAUAGGGAGAAGAAGAUACGAUUUUGGGAGGUGAUGGAUGAGGUGGCGAGAGGAGUGCCUAGUUUUGAGAAAAUUGUUAUAGCGGGGGAUUUCAAUGGGCAUAUUGGGGCAUUACCGGGAGGCUUUGGCGACGUGCAAGGCGGUUUUGGUUUUGGGGAGAGAAAUGAAAAGAGAGGUGCUUUGUUGGAUUUCGCAAAGUCUUUUGGGUUGGUAGUGGUGAAUUCGAGCUUCCCGAAGAAGGACGAUCACCUGAUCACCUUUUGA